GCUGACCAAAGAGGAAUUGGAGCUAAUCGAAAAUGGCAGCUAAAGAAGCAAUUAUCAUCACAGACAAGGAUGAGAUGAGAAAAUGGACAAGGAGUAUGAGAGCCCAAGGCAAUACAAUUGGCUUUGUACCCACCAUGGGUUACCUCCAUCAAGGUCACCUUUCUCUAGUCCAAGAUGCACACAAUCAAGCUGACCUUAUAGUUGUCUCCAUCUAUGUUAAUCCAGGUCAAUUCUCACCCAAUGAAGAUCUUUCAACAUACCCAUCUGAUUUUCAAGGCGAUAUCGAGAAACUCAACUCUGUACCUGGUGGGGUUGAUGUUGUAUUCAACCCCAAAAAUCUGUAUGACUAUGGGAAUUCUCAAAUUGGAAAUGGGUCUGAGAGGAAUUUAGAAGAGAGUGAGGAAAUGGUGGUAUCUUGUGUUGAAGAUAAAGGGAUGGGGCAUGAAACUUGGGUUAGAGUUGAAAAAUUGGAAAAGGGAUUGUGUGGGAAUAGUAGGCCUGUUUUCUUUAGAGGGGUUGCUACUGUUGUUACCAAGUUGUUCAAUAUAGUUGAGCCUGAUGUUGUUGUCUUUGGUAAGAAGGAUUAUCAGCAAUGGAGGAUUAUACAGAGAAUGGUCCGAGAUCUUGAUUUUGGGAUAAAGGUGAUUGGUUCUGAAAUAGUACGAGAGCAUGAUGGCCUUGCAAUGAGUUCCCGUAAUGUGAAACUUUCACCUGCGGACAGACAAAGGGCUUUAUCAAUUAGUCGUGCGCUGUCUAGAGCACAAGUUGAAGCAGAAAAGGGUCAGGUCAACUGCAGGGAGCUGAUAAAUACUGCCAUUCUUACCAUAUCUGAAGCUGGUGGAACGGUUGAUUAUGCUGAGAUUGUGGAUCAAGAAAGUUUAGAGCCAGUGGAAACAAUCAAGAGACCAGUUGUAUUUUGUGUAGCAGUAUGGUUUGGAAAGGUCAGGCUUAUUGACAACAUGGAAAUAGAUGUAUAAAUUGAGAUGCAUGGAGCCACUAAAUAUACAGUUACCUUGGUUUGCAAUGACUUUU